GUUGAACCAACACUGAAACAAGAUAUGCUGAAUUACGGAAGUCUUGGCCAAACGUGGGAUACUGAUGGGAAGGAUAUCCUAGUACGGCCGAUCAAGUGACAAGCUUAUAGCAGAUACCAUAUCCACGAAAGUGACUUUGCUAAGAUAUCGAUUAAUGAAGCAAUAUCUGCAAUGAGAAAUGAAAAUGAAGAAAUUUGCAAUACUUUUCUGUAUAUUAUGCUGGACCAGACUUUCUAUGUCAGAAAAAUGUGUGACAAGUUCAUUCAAUUUCCUUGGACCUGACUCCUACAUAAAUUAUCUUGGUACCUUGCCAAGACUCGUGGAAUUUUCUUCUUGUCAAUAUGUGCAAAGAAAUUCCAUCGGUCACGUAAUUGGAGUAUUACGAAGUUAUUCAACAGAAAAGAAUCCAAAGGCGAUGUUACAGUUUGGGAAAAUGACCGAAACCGGUGCAGAAAUGCAUAUCCAUCUCCUUGGAAACGAGAAAAUAAUCAAAGAAGCUAGACGUGGAAAGCCUUAUUCAGAAAUGCUUUGGUGCGUUGUAAUAGACACAAGAGAAAAAACUCAAACGGUAUUUUUGGAUGGAAGACAAAUAAGCGUAAUUCACUUCAAAAAAUUGGAUCCGAUACCAGGUGGUGGUGAACUAUUGCUCGGAAAAUCCAGAGACAAAACUCUCCCAGGAUAUCAGGGUUCUAUGAGAAAUAUCAUGAUGUGGGCGAGAAAACUCACGUCAAAUGAAAUUCGUAUUAUUUACAAAUCAGGUUUCUGUCCUGAUGAUGCUAUUAUUAAGAUGCAUCGCGGAAAUGUUCAACUUCAUGGCUCUUUCGGUGCAGAAAAACAAGAAUGUACACCCUCUUCUCAUUAUUUCCCCGGAACAGGCGGGUAUCUUCAAUAUAAGGGUACAUUGCCAGACUUAACGAAUUUCACCAUGUGUCAAUAUAUGGGAACGAAUUCAGACGGUCAUACCAAUGGUGUGUUGCGAGGUUACUCUACCACAUCAAACAAAAAUGCAAUGCUUUUUUAUGGCAAAAAAACCUCAAACAGAAACAUCAUAGAUGUACAUAUGGGAGGAAAAAUUCAAAGUUUCCUAAUCCCGUUGUCAUUGCCACGCAACAAAGAGAUAUUUGCCUGUCAAAAUUUCGAUAUGGUAUCAAAAAAAGCCCGGUUAUACAUGAGUGGAAUGGCAAUAUUUACAAAAAAGUUCGACAUUCAGCCACCAGUUCCUGGCGGAGGGAUAUUAUUUAUAGGCAACUCGCCUGAUACCAAUCUACCUGGGUGCCGAGGCAAAGUGAAAAAUUUCAUGAUAUGGAAAAGAAGACUAGAAGACAGCGAAAUAGCAGACAUGUUCAAGUCAAAUCUUUGUCCCGGAGACGCUAUUGUUACUAUCCACCCUGGAAGCGUUGAAAAACACGGAGAUGUGAUCCAGUAUGGAAGUAAGAAUGAAAACUAA